CCCUUUUUAAAUUGAAUUAAUUAGAGCCAUUGGAUUUAAAUGAGGCUCAAAGGCUGAGAUUGACUUACUCAUGUGACUAAGGGACCCCCCUUAGUCACCUGAUCUUAGCCCUGGAGGAAGACCACCAGAAACAUGAGGUUAUGGCGUUGAUCCGAUUUGAGGGAUUAAGCGCUCAAUCCCGUCAUUUCUAGGAUUUGCUAGUGCGUCAGCUUAUAUUGAUUGGGAGAGGAAGGUGAUUAUGUUUUUCUAGUGCAAUCCUGACCCAAAGCAUCAGAAAAUUCUUGUAGCCACCUAUGAGCUUAUAGAUUAUGCAGCAGUUUGGUGGGAAUAGGUUCAGCUUCGACAAAGAAGGAAUAUGCAACCUGCUGUUUCUAUUUGGGAGGAACUCAGAGGCUUGAUGCGUGAUCGGUUCGUGCCUCCUUUUUAUUAAAGAUAUCUUCAUGAUGCCUUGUAGAGAAUUCGGCAAGAAGCACGAUCAAUUGAUGAAUAUUUCAACGAGCUGGAGCUGCUAUUGAUGAAAGCAGAGGUGAGGAAGAACAAGGAACGCACGAUUGCUAGUUUCCUACAUGGCUCAACGGGAAGAUCAAGCACGAAUUUUAGCUUUGUCCGUUUGUGGAGUUGGAUGAAGUGGUUCAUUUGGCUAUGUAGGUAGAGAGGCAACAGAAGGUGAACUCGGGAAGAAGGUGCCCCCCUUCGCACAAACCUGUUGCAGAGAACAUUCUUGAGACUACUAUGAAUCACCCUAGGCAAGAAGGUGACAAGCCAGUUGCUAGGAACACAGUCCCAACCAUCCAAGCCAUAAAUGAAGGAUCGGCUAGAAGCAUCAAAUUCUUCAAGUGCUUUGGACGAGGUCACAAAGCAACAUAUGCCCCAACAAGAAGACUCUAGUUCUGGGAGAUGGAGAAUACUUUGCUGAGGAGGAGGAGGAGGAGGAGGAAGAGAAGCUGAUGGGGAUGGACAUCGAUUCUAAUGAUGAUGAUUGAUGAUCACAUCACUAUUGAAGCUCCGCGACAGAUUAGCUUCUUGGAGUAAACCGUAGAGCUUUAUAUAUUGAAGCUUGUAUAGAGAUAGAGCAGAGGGAUAAUCUUUUCUACUCUCAUUGCUUGGUUGACGAGCAGGUGUUAUCUGUGGUCAUCGAUGUUGGAAUUUGCACCAAUGUAUUUAGUCUAAAUGCAGUCAAGAAGCUGGGACUAAGUACGAUUAAGCACCCGCAGCCUUACAACCUUCAUUGAUUAAACGACUAUGGAGCUAUCAAAGUCAACAAGAAGGCUAAGGUUUGUUUUCAUAUCGGUGAUUAUGCAGAUGAAAUUUGAUUUGAUGUUCCUCAAAUGCAGGUUGUUCAUCUCUUAUUGGGUCAUCAAUGGCAAUAUGACCGAAUGGUUAUUCAUGAUGGAAGGCACAAUAGCUACCAGUUCAAGAAAGGAGAUCAGAAGUUUCUGCUGAAUCCACUAUCACCAGCUGAAGUCCGAGCCGAUCAACAACAUAUGGAGCUGAAUUGCACAAGGGAGACAGGAAAUGGAAGUGGUUCGAAAUCGGAAGGCGGAAGUGAACUCAUAUUUUGGCUCUAGGGCACAUGAUGACUGCGCUAAGGAGAACUUCAUUUGGAAAUUUUGUUGAUGUUAUCUCUUGCAGGAAGACACAAGCUUUAAGGGCAAAACUUCUCCAACGGGGAGGGACUGAUGUGAGCCCCAGCGUGACCAGCAGGGCGGAUGAGAAGGUCGAUCCUUGUCACCUGGUACAAAUCCCUGAUUGGGGAAGCACGCGAGGAACCAAGGAAGUGGACGGAGGAUCCCCGGGGAAGCAGGCAAUUCCCCGACCGAGGAAUGUGAGAGGCGACCGGGGAUUGAAGGCAGAAGGGCCCUCGGUCGAGUGAGCGAUAACCCCAGAUCGAGGAUCGGGCCUGGGCGGACAAAAGUAUCUUUUUCCUUGUUUGUUUUGGUUAUUUUAUCGGUUCUUUGAGCUUUAGGCUUGAGAAUUGUUCUCUGUAUCAAUCAAAUUUUCUCUUGAUUGUGAUCGAGAUUCUAUCUUUUUAUAAAUUUAGAGCCUUCUCUCAUCUUUGUGUUGAGAUUGCACUUUCAAUUCCACCAUAUCCCAAAACAAAAAUCCUAAAAUCCUUUAAUCAUUACGGAUACCGGAUCCGUGCUCUUAUCAAUGUGUGUGCCCUUAAAUGUUGAUAAUGACAAGCGUGUCCUUCCAUUAUACUUGUGGUCAUCAAGUAUAAUGGUCAUCCGGUUCGGUAAACCCAAACCAAACCGAAUCAACCCGAACCGAAACUGAAAUAAUGUUAUUCGGUUCGGGAUUCGAAAGCCAAAACCCUUUGUUUCGGAAACCAGGGGUAUUCGACCAAAACCCCUUCUUCUCCAAAAUCGAAGCUUUCUAUACCUGAAUCGAAAAGAGAGACGAUGCUUGAAAACUCGAAGGUGAAAAUCAAACAGAAAAAUGACAUGCAUGCUUGGAUCUACAACCAUACUGACCUCUAACAUUCAAUACCCGCCUGUCGCUACGUUGUGUUCUGACUUCUACAUCAAUCGCCGUUGUCGCUGGAUCGUGAGACGGAGGAGAUACCACCGCAACACCACUGCUUUCUACUCGCCGGUCAGUCGCGAGACGGAGGAGAUACCACCGCAGCACCGCCGCUUUCUGCUCUGCAUCAACUGCGUUUGUUGGAGAGGGGAGAGAGAGAUAUUCGACCGAAAUGGGAAGACAGGGAGGGUUAGGGUAUAUGGGAGAGAGAGUGGUGGUUUAUAAAUGUUCGGGUUUGUGUGUUAAAACCGAACCGUAUUUAAUUCGGUUCAAAUUCGGUUGCCCUCAUUGACACUUUCGGGGAUCCGGUAUGCUCUGUUUCGGUUCGUUCUGAACCGAACCGAUGCCCACCCCUACUUGUGGUCAAUCCUUUGAAGAAGAAAAAAUAUCAUCAAAACAAAAUGUUCUUGAUAGCUAAAAUUAAUAUUAGCAUGGUGC